GACCUCUCCAGGAGGUAAAGGUCAGAGGCCAAGAGGGCAGGGCAGAACUCUCCAGGCUCCUCCCACAGUAGGGACAGCCGGCCUCUCCUCCGGGUCCCUGGUACCACUUCCUCUUUUUUUUUCACUCUGAAGAUAGGAACUGCCCUAAAGGGCAGUCAGAAGAGAUGGGGGCAGAUUCCAGGCUGCCUCACCCCGAGGCCAGGGAGUGCUGAGUGCACAGGCUGGUGGCCUCUCUCCCUGCUUCUGGGGAAGCUGAAGACCCCACAACCCCGCGGGCUGGCAGGAUGGAGCAAGCCAGUGAGGAGAAGCAGAGCUCCGUGUGCAACCUGGUGGCUGUGUUUGAGCCCGGCAGCAGGCCCCCGGGAGCAGUACCUGGACCCCACAGCCCUGAAUGCCAGCCGCCCCUGUCCCUGCAGCCUUGGGAAGAAUCUCCUGUCGGGGAGGCCUUGAAGUCUGGACCUCGGCCAGUCAGCAGGACCUACCUGAAGUCGCUCAAGAAUAAGCUACCAAGUGGGGAUUGGAGGAAAUCUUGCCAGCCUGGGGACAGCCCAGGGCCAGAGACUCAGGAACCUGAGGAAAAGAGGGUCGUGCAGGAGCUUCUGGAGACGGAGCAGGCCUACGUGGCUCGUCUGCAUCUGCUUGACCAGGUGUUCUUCCAGGAGCUGCUGAGGGAGGCAGGCCGCAGCAAAGCCUUCCCCGAGGACGUGGUCAGGCUCAUCUUCUCCAACAUCUCCUCCAUCUAUCGCUUCCACGCACAGUUCUUCCUUCCAGAGCUGCAGCGGCGCGUGGGUGACUGGGCAGCCACACCCCGCAUUGGGGACGUGAUCCAGAAACUGGCCCCAUUUCUGAAAAUGUACGGCGAGUACGUGAAGAACUUCGAGCGGGCGGCGGAGCUCCUGGCCACCUGGAUGGACAAGUCUCAGCCCUUCCAGGAGGUGGUCACCCGCAUCCAGCGCAGCGAGGCCUCAGGCAGCCUGACCCUGCAGCACCACAUGCUGGAGCCUGUGCAGAGAAUCCCGCGGUACGAACUGCUGCUCAAGGAAUAUGUGCAGAAGCUGCCGGCCCAGGCCCCGGACCUGGAGGAUGCCCAGAAAGCGCUGGACAUGAUCUUCUCAGCCGCACAGCACUCCAACGCAGCCAUUGCAGAGAUGGAGCGGCUACAGGGCCUGUGGGAGGUAUACCAGCGCCUGGGCCUGGAGGACGACAUCGUGGACCCCUCCAACACCCUGCUCCGAGAGGGCCCUGUCCUCAAGAUCUCUUUCCGCCGCAGUGACCCGAUGGAGCGCUAUCUGUUUUUGUUCAACAACAUGCUGCUGUACUGUGUGCCCCGCGUCCUCCAAGUGGGCGCCCAGUUCCAGGUGCGGACCCGCAUCGAUGUGGCCGGCAUGAAGGUUCGGGAGCUGAUUGACGCCGAGUUCCCACACUCCUUCUUGGUGUCUGGAAAACAGCGCACGUUGGAGCUGCAGGCUCGGUCCAGAGAAGAAAUGGUUUCCUGGAUACAGGCCUGCCAGGCAGCCAUUGACCAAGUGGAGAAGCGGAGUGAAACCUUCAAGGCUGCUGUCCAGGGACCUCAGGGGGACACGCAAGAGCCCAAGCCACAGGCGGAGGAGCUGGGCCUCCGAGCGCCUCAGUGGGUCCGUGACAAGAUGGUGACUAUGUGUAUGCGCUGCCAGGGGCCCUUCAACGCCCUGACGCGUCGGCGCCACCACUGCCGGGCUUGUGGCUAUGUGGUGUGCGCCAAGUGCUCUGACUACCGCGCUGAGCUGAAAUACGACGGCAACAGGCCCAAUCGAGUCUGCCUGGCCUGCUACACCUUCCUUACCGGAAGUAUGCUCCCCGAGGGCAAGGAGGACAAGAGGCGGGGCAUCCUGGAGAAAGAGGCCUCGGCGACGCCUGAUCAGAGCGUGAUGUGCAGCUUCCUGCAGCUCACGGGGGACAAGUGGGGCAAGAGCGGCCCCCGGGGCUGGUGCGUGAUCCCUCGGGAUGAGCCUCUGGUGCUGUACGUCUAUGCCGCCCCCCAGGACACGAAGGCUCACACCUCCAUCCCCCUGCUGGGCUAUCAGGUGACUCGGGGCCCCCAGGGGGACCCUCGGGCUUUCCAGCUGCAGCAGUCCAGCCAGCAGCUCACCUUCAAAGCCGAGUCCGAGGAGCUGCAGGCCCGCUGGGUGAGGGCUCUCAAGCGGGCGGCCAGCGGCUGGACCCCCGAGGGACCUGACGAGGAGGGCGUGUCUGACUGACAGCUGGCUGUUCCUCAAGCACCUUGCCCAUGACAGCCUUCCCAGGCUGACCCUGCUGCUCUGUCACCUCGCCCCAAGCUGGGCCAUGCCGGGCCCCCUGUCCUCUGUGUCCGGAUGGUUUGUCCUCACUAUGCAUCCAGCAGACACGGGUCUCUUCCUUCAGGAAGACGCAGCCAAGUG